GCCGAGGAUCAUAGGGUGGUGUGUAUAAGUCAUAGCGCCAUGGCUUCGUGACGGGUACGUACAUCCCGCGAGCAGGGCUGACUUUCAGGUAGGAUCGGAAUAUGGCCUGACGAAAGGGUUGCCGUCAUGAUGCUUAUGAUAAACGCGGUUCAGGUUUGUUCUUCCGUUUGGUUCGUUUCUCGCACUUCGGCCGUGGCCACAGAAGGGCAGAGAAGGUACAAGCAGUUGCGCUCCCCUGUUUCAGUUGUGGAUUCGGUUCAUCGAACACAACUGUGCCACUUCCUCACUUCCUAUCGUUGUUCGCGUAACGGAUAUGGCAUGUUUGGAGAAUCGCGGAAGGAGCGCAAGUCAAGUAGUCGCGCGAAGCUGGGUGUUCGUAAUCUCGCUGACGGAUGGCGGAAAAAAAAAGGGACGGCCACUGCACGACGUUGGUUGCAGGGCCUUUUGAUUGAGGCUUGUACACAUUAAAUUUGAGUCUAAUGGUGUUAUCUUGAUGCCUGUGUUGCUUCUUGUCCGAGCUGAUGCCGAUCAGGCCGGGAGAUGCCAGCUCAUGAUGUUUGGUGAUCGGUCUAUCUAUAUGGGGUAUGGAGAUGUAAGCACUGUCAUACAUAAUUCGGUAU